CCAGUUUCCGUUAAACCCAUUUGAGAUUUCUCUCUCUCUCUCUCUCGCUGCUCUUGAAAUGUCCCAAAGAUCAAAACAGACGGAUUGAGGGUAAGAAGAGGAAGAUGAAGAUCGUUACGACUCUCUAGGAAACCAACUAUCGACCACUAACUUCUCCGUUUCGCUCUCAGAAGAUAUAUUGAUCUCCGUCUUCGUCUACAUCACUGGUGUACCUAGUGCAUGUGGCUCCUGCCAUUGCAGGGUCUGGGGAGGGUUAUAGUGUACGCUGCCCUACCCCCACUUCGCGGAGAGGCUGUUUCCCAUCUCGAUCCUGUGACCACUGGGUCACAAUGGAGCAACCUUAUCAUUGUGCCAAGGUCUGCCCUCAAUCUUGGGGUAUCUUUCUUAAUUUUAUUCAUAGCUUGCUCUUUGUUACUCUGUCCUAACUUGGUUCAGAAGUCACUUUGAAGGAAGUAUUUGUAUACAAUGGAAAAAGUUGUUGUAGCCAUCCAUUCUUACUGUGUUCCCUCGAGGUUAGCACUUCAUCAUAGUGUUAUGGAUGUGGUAGUUGCAUUUUCAGGUAUAUCAUCUUCAAAAUGAAGAACUGAGGCUUAAGUUACUGGAGGAUAUUGAAUUUUCAAUGAAAGUAAGGGUGGCCUGAAAACAAUGGAUAAAUGCAUAGGAUGACAGACAAAGACGGUUCUUUGAAAAUUGAGAGAGUAGCUGUCCAGAUUCAAAUUGGUCUGAAACUCCAAGUUGGAGAUUGGGACAAUACUCCUGCCAUUUAGUUUGAACUUAACCAAUUGUAAACCAUCCGUCAUUAUAUUUCUAACGCUUGAUCUCCUUCUGAUCUGCCUAACGAACAGUUCUGUAUGGCAUCCUUAACUGACCAAAAUCUUUUCUAUUACUGUCUCCUAUCUCACUUCCUUAUGUCUCCUGCUACCAUCAUCAGCCUCCGGUUUAUCCAAGCCCCAUACGGCAAGCAUUAUCAUGCUGGAUGGGGCCCGACCUUAUCCCCACCAUUGGCUUGGUUCUUGAUGGAAAGCCCCACCAUUUGGCUUACGUUGCUCAUCCUCCCCUUUGGUCAGCACCGAUCCAAUCCCAAAGCUUUAACUCUAAUCUCCGUUUUCCUCUUACACUAUAUUCACCGGACAUUUAUCUACCCUAUUCGCCUCCACAAAACAUCUCUCCAGAGAUCUAAGAGUGCAAAUCGUGUCCCCGUCUCUAUAGCAUUGAUGGCCUUCUCCUACAACCUCCUCAACGCCUAUUUGCAAGCAAGGUGGGUCUCACACUAUGCAAAUUACAGUGAAUUGGUCAACUGGCUGUUUUGGGGCCGGUUUUUGGUGGGGCUGGGAAUUUUCUUCUGUGGUAUGAGGAUAAAUGUACAGUCAGAUAUGGAAUUGCUAGCACUGAAAGGAAAGGAUGGAGGAUAUAAGAUACCUAAAGGAGGAUGGUUUGAGAGUGUGAGUUGCCCAAACUACUUUGGAGAAAUUGUUGAAUGGUUCGGUUGGACAUUCAUGACAUGGUCUUUGGCAGGACUUGGUUUUUUCUUAUACACAUGUGCGAACUUGGUGCCUAGGGCACAUGCAAACCAUCGAUGGUACUUGGAGAAGUUUGGAGAAGAUUAUCCCAAGUCCAGAAAGGCUGUUAUACCCUUUGUGUACUGAAAAACAAUAGAGAUGAUCUUUUCUAGUUUUCUUUUAAUUAGAGAUGGAUGCAGUCUCGUUUCAUUUUA